GAGUACGUACGUCCGUCCAAGCGGAGAGACACGAUGGAGGGCACCGGAGCAGCGAGUGUGUACGGGGCUUCGCUCCCCGGAGGAGGCUUCGACGUCCAAAAGUUUGUCCGACAACCGCAAACCAUCGUGCGGCUCCUCAGCUGGCUGUUUGCCCUGGUGGUGUUUGCCUGCAUCACCACAGAAGGCUACAUCAACCCCGUGUUCAGCGCCGAGGCCAAAUGCAUCUUCAACCAGAAUGACUCGGCGUGCCAUUACGCCGUCGGCAUCGGGGUGAUUGGCUUCCUGGCCUGCGUGGGCUUCCUGCUGUUGGACGUUUACCUGCCUUUCAUGAGCAACACGCAGCGGAGGAAAUACGCCUUGAUGGCAGACCUCGGAUUCUCUGGGGUGUGGACCUUCUUGUGGUUUGUGUGUUUCUGCCUGUUGGCCAGCCAGUGGGGUCAAACCCAUGACGUCAGGGGGAUCCCCCAGGAUGCCGCACGUGCAACCGUGGCCUUCUCGUUCUUCUCCAUUGCCACCUGGGGAAUUCUAACCUACUUCGCCUUGGGUCGCUUCCGUCGGAGCCCAAACGAUGUCACCAUCCCAACCUACACCGAGCAGCCUACGGAUCAACACAGCCCCUUCCCACCAACCUAUGCCCCCACCUCCUACAACCCCACGCCGUACACCCCCACCACGUACGCCGCCUACCCCAACAUACCUGACGUGACUCAACAGUCCCCCUUCACCACUAACCUGCCGCCACAAGGGGGCGUGGGCUACCAGCCGCCCAGCUACUGACGCAAAGGGAAGCGCUACAAAGCUCCUGGCUGCUCUGUUGGUAAAUGGCACCCAGAUCCGUGUCAUAUUGAUACAGCUUUUCUCAAAUUGUUAACCCGACAAGUUGAGAUGCGGGACACUUGCAGAUGACGUCCAAGGGUCAGGCUCGCUGAUCUGCGUUGAGAUCUGACCGAGUGCUGACGAUUGGCUAAUCUGACCUGUGCGCUAAGACGCAACACGUACCUCAAGCAGGCAGAAGGAACGCAGGAACCCAGGAUGGUAGAGGUUGGUAUUGUGCCACAACGAGCAAGGCACUGCUUCUCUUGCGUCCGGGCAGAUUUUGUUGUGAAAUUCUGCCAUUUUAGUCGCCACUUGUGCCACAGUGUUUUUUUUCUUAUGUAAAUUGAAUAAUUUAUCUUCACAACAAACAGAAGGUUGGAUGUUGUUGAGUAAAAAGUAGUUGUGACAAUAUCAGUGCUUCUGUUUUUUUUUUGUUAAACAUAGCGAUUGUAUGGAUUAAUUAAUCAGCCACAUGACCAUAAACAAUCUUGGAGACUGUUUUUUGGUACCUUUUCUAACAUUAAAAGUCUUUUGCAUUUGCCUUCUACAAAAGCAGGUCCAUGCGUGACACACAAUCAGCUGCGGCUUACUUUUAGAUAGGCGGUGGGUGGGGAAGCUGAUAAUGCCGAAGCCAUUGAACAGUCACUCAUUAACAACAGAAAUGUGUCCUGAAAACAGUCUUGUAGUUUCACAAUAUUCUUCACGGGAUCAUUCUUGUAGACAAUGGCUGUCCCGCUUUG